CAGAUACUCUUCGAUCUAAGACCGUAUCAUGGCCUAGAAACCCAUCCCGCAAUUCUGCGCGCGAUAAUGAAUGGGCGCCACCCAUUCAAAUGGAACGGCCCCGACAACUUUCUCACCAAUCUUGAUAGCUGCCUUGAACGAAACCCCAGUGAGCGCCCAACCAUUGAAGAACUUCAUUGGGGAUAUUGUGGAUCACCGUUGUCUCAUCUCAUGUAACUUCUGUGUGGGUAGACGGGAAUAUUGUACUAGAAAUGGGUAGCCUCAUCCUGCUCGAAUCAAUCGUGAAAUCUAGUACUGUGAUGAGUAGCGCAAGGCUCCCGUCAGCCUUGGGUGUCAGUGAACGACUCAUGGGCACGAUUUCUCCAGGCGCUGCUGUAAGUAUGCCGUAUAUCAGUGUUGACGGACAGUGACAAGACUAGUCCUGGUCAUGCGCUAGACUGUAGCAU